AUGGCAGUUUAUAACCAGGAUAUUGUGUCCUUCUUCCUGAGGAAACACAUUGAUGCAUUAAUUAUUCUGCAGGGUCAUGGUAACCCCAAAGAGAGCAGUCCUUUCAUCAACAGCAGCGCAGCCAGCGACGUGGACAAGAGCCAGCAGUAUGACGGCAAGAACAUGGCUCUGUUUGAGGAGGAGAUGGAUACCAGUCCAAUGGUCUCCUCUCUGCUGAGCAGUCUGGCCAAUUACUCCAAUCUGCCAACAGGAAGCAAAGAGCAUGAAGAGGAAGAGUACAACGAGGAGGGGGCACGUCCGUCCAAAAAACCUGUCAAGGCUCCACAGCUUGGCACUCUGAUGGGGGUGUACUUGCCGUGCAUCCAGAACAUCUUUGGGGUAAUCCUUUUCCUACGGAUGACCUGGAUGGUCGGGGUCGGAGGCGUCCUGGGCUCCUUCAUAAUCGUCUUCAUGUGUUGCUCCACAACCAUGCUCACAGCCAUCUCCAUGAGUGCCAUCGCCACAAAUGGAGUUGUACCAGCUGGAGGUUCAUAUUACAUGAUCUCUCGCUCACUGGGGCCUGAGUUCGGUGGAGCUGUUGGGAUCUGCUUCUACCUGGGGACGACUUUUGCAGGUGCCAUGUACAUCCUUGGCUGCAUCGAAAUUCUGCUGAUUUAUAUCAUUCCUCAGGCAGCCAUCUUCCAGAUUGAGGGUCUGGAGGGGCCGGAGGCGGAGGCGGCGCUCCUCAACAACAUGCGGGUGUACGGCACCAUCGUCCUGAGCCUCAUGUCGCUGGUGGUGUUUGUGGGGGUGAAAUAUGUGAACAAGCUGGCACUGGUCUUCCUGGCCUGUGUCAUCCUCUCCAUCCUGUCUGUUUACGCUGGAGUAAUCAAGACCGCCAUCGACCCCCCUGUCUUCCCCGUCUGCCUGCUGGGGAAUCGAACCCUUCUCUCUAAAGGAUACGAUGUGUGUGCAAAGGUCAUUGAAAUUGACAAUGAAACUGUCACCACAAAACUGUGGAGUACCUUCUGUGAUUCCGACUCCCUCAACGCCACGUGUGAUGAAUACUUCCUCAACAACAACGUCACGGAGAUACAGGGCAUCCCAGGGGUCACGAGCGGCAUCCUGGCUGAAAACCUGUUUGGUAACUACCUAGAAAAAGGGGUUUUCCUGGAAAAGCGCGGACUUGUGUCAGAUGUGGAUCCAGACAGUCCCACCACCACCUCCAACCGCUACGUCCUGGCUGACAUCAGCAGCUUCUUCACCCUCCUGGUGGGGAUAUACUUCCCAUCUGUCACAGGUAUCAUGGCCGGCUCCAACCGCUCCGGCGACCUGCGUGAUGCUCAGAAGUCGAUUCCCAUCGGUACCAUCGCAGCCAUCACCACCACUUCUACUGUGUAUAUAUCCAGUGUGGUGCUGUUUGGUGCCUGUAUAGAAGGAGUCGUCCUCAGGGACAAGUUUGGUGAAGGGGUCAGUGGUAACCUGGUGAUUGGUACGCUGGCGUGGCCGUCUCCGUGGGUCAUUGUGAUUGGCUCCUUCUUUUCCACGUGCGGAGCUGGACUCCAGAGUCUGACGGGAGCUCCACGUCUGCUGCAGGCCAUCUCAAGGGACGGCAUCAUCCCAUUUCUCAGGGUGUUUGGCCACGGCAAAGAAAACGGAGAGCCCACCUGGGCCCUCCUGCUCACAGCCAGCAUCUGUGAGAUUGGCAUCAUCAUCGCCUCCCUGGAUUCAGUCGCACCCAUCCUCUCCAUGUUCUUCUUGAUGUGCUACAUGUUCGUCAACUUGGCCUGUGCGCUGCAGACGUUGCUGAGGACGCCAAACUGGAGGCCGCGCUUCAAGUUCUACCACUGGGCUCUGUCUUUCCUGGGUAUGAGUUUGUGCCUGUCGCUGAUGUUCAUCUGCUCCUGGUUUUAUGCCAUUAUUGCCAUGGGCAUCGCCACCUGCAUCUACAAAUACAUUGAGUUCCGUGGAGCUGAGAAGGAGUGGGGUGAUGGGAUACGUGGCAUCUCGCUGAGCGCCGCUCGCUUCGCUCUCAUGAGGCUGGAGGAGGGACCACCACACACCAAGAACUGGAGGCCUCAGAUCCUGGUUCUUUUGAGUGUUGAUGCCGAGCAGAACGUUGAGCAGCCUCGUCUGCUGUCUCUGGCCAAUCAGCUGAAAGCUGGAAAAGGUCUGACCAUCGUUGGCACCUCAAUUCAUGGGACCUUUCUCGACAACUACACUGAGUCUCAGAGGGCCGACCAGUCUCUCCGUAAGCUGAUGGAGACGGAGAAAGUGAAGGGUUUCUCCCAGGUGGUCAUCUCCUCCAACCUACGAGAUGGGACGUCCCACCUGAUCCAGGUCGGGGGACUGGGAGGCCUGAAGCACAACACAGUGAUGGUCAGCUGGCCCCGCAACUGGAAGCAGCCCGAGUACCACCAGCAAUUCAGGAACUUUAUUGAGGUGGUCAGAGAAACAACUGUAGCCAGUCUGGCCUUGUUGGUUCCCAAGAACAUCUCCAGCUACCCGUCCAAUGGAGAGCGCUUCACCGAGGGCCACAUCGAUGUGUGGUGGAUCGUCCACGACGGAGGCAUGCUGAUGCUCCUGCCCUUCCUGCUGCGCCAACACAAGGUGUGGAGGAAGUGCAAGAUGCGCAUUUUCACAGUCGCUCAGAUGGAUGAUAACAGUAUCCAGAUGAAGAAAGACCUCAUCACCUUCCUGUAUCACCUGCGUAUCGAGGCUCAGGUGGAGGUGGUGGAGAUGCUUGAGGGCGACAUCUCGGCCUACACCUAUGAGAAGACACUAGUGAUGGAGCAACGGUCACAGAUCCUCAAACAAAUGCAUCUGACCAAGAAUGAGAAGGAGAGAGAGAUCCAGAGUAUAACGGAUUCAUCCCGUGGCUCCAUCCGACGUAAAAACCUGUCUAAGUUACGUUCCCAGCACAGCACUGAGGAGGGAACCAGCCUGGCAGAGAAACCUGAAGAGGAGUCUGUGGCUGUCUCCAACUCAAAACAGGUCCAGCUGAUCCACAGUAAGAACGCCUCAACGCCAACCAGCCCCACAAGCCCAACAAGCCCCACAAGCCCCAUGUCACCUGCAGGGGGGGCUGCGGACAAGGGGAGGAACCUUUCAGCAGCGAACCCAGAGUCAGUCAGGGAUCUCUUCAACAUGAAGCCGGAAUGGGAACACCUGAACCAGACUGAUGUGAGACGCAUGCAUACGGCGAUGCGGCUCAAUGAGGUCAUCACGAAGAAGUCCAAGGAGGCGAAACUCGUCCUGCUCAACAUGCCCGGGCCACCGAAGAACCGUGUGGGCAACGAGAACUACAUGGAGUUCCUGGAGGUUCUUACUGAGGGUCUCAACCGGGUCCUCCUUGUGCGUGGAGGUGGACGUGAGGUCAUCACCAUCUACUCCUAGAGGGCUUUUACAAACACCUGCACGGACUCUGCCCGCCCCUCCCGCUCUAUCGUUCCAGGAAAAAGCUCCACACUCGUCCAGUCAGCUGCCACCAACUGUUUUCCUCACACUUCAGUGUUUACAAGUGACAUCUACUCAUGUAGACUGAGCUGUGUUCAUUUUUAUCAGGAUACACAGAUAAUUGUUUUUCCUGUUCUUGGCUCAUCAACUUGAAAACAGCAGUUCAUUUUGAUACUUUGAGAAUGGAAAAUUCACACAGUUGAAAUGUUUAUUUUAUUGGGAUAAAUAUGGUACCAAAAUACAUACAAGCAUUUAAAAUAAUAAUCUUUUUCCUCAAAUUGAAAUGUUAAUAUGAAACAGAGUAAUUGCAGAAAGUAAACGCUGACGAGCAGUGGACAAACAUAAGCAACUACUGCCUAUUAAUAUAAAUAAAAAACUUAAAUCUUGGAAAACAAAAUGCAGAAAAUUUAUGGUUUAUAAACAUCUUACAUGUUUUAAUCAUUGUUCCGUCCUCCUGCUUUUGUUUCAUGGCCAUUUGUAAA